UAUUUUUGAAUGAAUCACAGUGUCUGUCUUUUCUUCAUGAUAAAAUUCAGUUUCAGUGUGUCACCAUCGCCAAAUGUAUUUUUGUUGGAUACUUGACCACUAUUUGGAUAACAAACGAUAAUGUGCAGUGUGAGCAUUGGAUAACAUGAACUUUGGGAAAUUUGUGUGCCAGCCUAAAGGAUAUCAACCAGUGCGUUAUCCUGGCUCCUCCCAUCACCACCAUGAAGUUUUCCACGAUUUCGGCGAGCAUCAGUGUUCUCGUUUGCACUCUGGUAAUAUAUUUUUCGAGGUCGUGCUGGGCUGGAGGUUAUGUUCGGCCCCAGGAUUGCACGUGGGAGCCGACGUCCGAUACUUCAGUUGUAUCAAUGACAUGCAACGUCCUCACUUUACGAGGCGGACAUGAUCCGACGAACUUUUCCCUCAUCAUGUCGGAUCACACCGUCAAAUUAGUCAUUCGUUGUAUCGAUCCAAUGCUUCAAAGUGAUAUGGCGAACAAUACGUUUGAACAUCUGAACAGACUUUACUCACUUAGGAUUGAGCGUUGCAAACUCGACAAGAUACCGUCUAAAGCGUUUCAAGGCCUGUCAGACCUUGAGCACUUAAGCGUAAAAACAUACAACUCAGAUUGGGGCCGUCGCUACCCUCUGCUGGUAUCGCCAGCCAGCUUCACGCCUCUUAGAUCUAUACAAACGCUUGAUCUUAGUUACAAUAACAUCGAACGAUUGCCGCCUGGUAUUCUCUGUGGUCUUCGUCACUUACAGUUUGCUAACUUUACGAAGAACUUGUUUGAUGAAGUGCUCGACAUGGGAUUCGGGCCGACUGCUAUUGCCGAGCGAUGCGUAACGUACGUGCGUGAACUGCAAGUUUCCUCAAACAGACUUAGAGCGUUACCUGAGAAGGGCUUUGCUACACUUGUACAUCUAGAAGAACUACGGCUGGAUCACAAUCAGUUAGCAAGGAUGGAAACAACUGCAUUAUGGGGACUCGCGAAACUCGAACGCCUUGAUAUUGCGAAUAACAUGUUGGUGGCCCUUCCAGCCGCGCUUUUUCAGCCAACUUCAAAAUUGUCAGAGCUGUAUUUGCGGAACAAUUCUCUAAGUGCACUGCCUCCUGGUCUAUUUACUGGACUUGAUGAAUUGAAGCUGCUUGAUUUAGCCUACAAUCAGCUCUCAGCACUUGGGUGGCUAGGGCCAGAAGUUUCGCUCUCGCGUCUUCUUGUGCUUGAUCUUAGUUACAACAGAUUGACCCGCCUAGAUGCCAGCUCUUUUCAGUCUUUGAUCAAUCUUCAGACACUUCAACUGCAUGACAAUUUGAUUGAGUUCAUAGCCGAUAAUACGUUUAGCAGGCUCAGCAAUUUACAGACAUUGGUGCUAAGUAACAAUCGACUCCAAAUUAUCGGACCUCUAAUGAUGCAAGGCCUAAGCUUAUCCAUUGUGGCCCUUCAGCUGGAUCAUAAUCGUAUCAAAGACAUACAUAUUGCUGCAUUCAAAAAUGUUUCUAUGCUACAGGAGUUGAAUAUCGCCAGCAAUAGGCUAACUUCAGUGCCGGCCGCCGUAUCAUCUCUAAACAUGUUACGGUCACUCGAUCUGGCUGAUAAUGAGAUCAGAGAAAUAGCCAAUGUCUCGUAUCACGGUCUAGAACAAUUAUACGCACUGAAUUUGAUGGGUAACAAGAUCCGUAAUAUCAGCCAGGGCGCAUUCACCGAUUUACCUUCUGUUCGGAUACUUAAUCUGGCCAGUAACGAUAUCCGAACUAUCGAACAGGGGACGUUUGAUGAUGUGUCUGGCCUUCAUUAUCUCCGACUAGAUUCAAAUGCUAUCGAGGAUGUGAAUGGCUUGUUUAGCAAUCUGCACGAUCUGAUUAUGCUCAAUAUAUCAGUAAAUCGGGUGCGAUGGUUUGACUACGCUCUUAUUCCGGUAGGUCUUCAAUGGCUUGACGUGCACAAUAACCAGAUUGAAGCGCUGGGCAACUAUUUUGAGCUUGAACAGGGUCUUAAGUUGCGUACACUUGACGCGUCCUUUAAUAAACUUACUGACCUUGACUCGUCAUCGCUUCCCAACGGGAUCGAAAUCGUAUUCCUCAAAAAUAACAGCUUGAAACGCAUUCAGCCUUUUACGUUCCUCGGAAAACAAAAUCUAACGCGAGUAGAUCUGUCGCAUAACGAUUUACAGACACUUGAUAUGACAACGUUCCGCCUAAGUGAGGUACCAUUACGAAAACCCCUACCAGAAUUUGCUAUCGCCGGUAAUCCAUUCGAAUGCGACUGCCAAAUGGAGUGGCUUCAGCACCUGCAAAAUCCAGCUGCAAUGACAAGUCACAACGAUUCACGCCAGUAUCCUCGAGUCAUCGAUUUAUACCGCGUCGAAUGCAAGCUAAGCUUCUCAAAGAACGGACAAGUCUUGCCACUGGGCAAGGUCAAGCCUGAGCAGUUCUUCUGCGAAUACAAGAGCCAGUGUUCUUCGCUCUGUCACUGUUGCCAUUUUGAUGCGUGUGACUGUGAGACGGUCUGUCCGGAUAAUUGUACCUGCUACCAUAAUAAGUCGUGGACUACAAACAUUGUCGACUGCAGUGCUCGUAACCACAAACAGAUCCCUAAACAGCUGGCCAUUGACGCAACAGAGAUCUACGUGGACGGAAACGAUAUAGCGGUCGUAACGCCAUAUAUGUUUGCUGGCCGCAAAAACGUCAAAGUUCUCUUCCUUAACAAUUCGAACGUAAUGACCAUUCAGAAUGACACCUUUGCCAGUAUGCAAGAACUGCGUGUUCUACGUCUCGAAAACAACCAGAUUUCUGUUCUCUACGGUCCCGAAUUCAACGGCCUUUUUAAACUCCAGGAGCUAUAUUUAUCCGACAACAAACUUCAGCACGUAAGAAAUAUUACUUUUACUAACCUUAAAAGCCUUCGAAUUCUUCACAUUGACCGGAAUCGCCUUAUGGAAAUGUCUCUAUGGAGUUUGCAGCACAAUCCACGGCUCAGCGACUUACGUCUGGCGGAUAACCCGUGGACGUGUAGCUGCCCUUUCACUCAAGAUGUUGCGAAGUUCCUCCACGAGCGUGGAGACUCGGUGAAAGACAUCUUCCAGUUGUCUUGUGCGUACAAUGAAACGAGCGCGUUGCCUCUAUGGGAGCUAAACAUAACCCAAUGCCGUCAAUCCAAGGCAACCUCCCUCGUGCAACGUCUCCAGUUUCAUUCUUUCGGUGAACUUCUGCCUCUCCUCACCACGCUAUCGAUACUUUCGAUCGUUCUACUGGUCGUUGUCGUUACGUUAUUUACUAAUCGUCACCAAAUCAGCGUUUGGUUAUUCAGCCGUUGCGGAAUUCGCAUGUUCCAUCGCGCGCCCAUCGAAGAAGAGAAGCUUUUUGAUGCGUUCGUCUCGUACAGCAAAAAAGACGAAGCGUUUGUGGCACAAAUACUCGCACCAGAGUUGGAGUGCGGUAAUCCGCCGUACCGUCUCUGUUUGCACUAUCGGGAUCUACCGAUGGCAGGCACCUACUUAAGUGAAGCGAUUCAAGAAGCUGUAGAAAGCUCUCGCAGAACGAUUGUGGUUCUUUCAGAGCAUUUUCUGAAAAGUGAAUGGUGCCGCUAUGAGUUUAAGUCUGCUCACCACGAGGUGCUAAACAAUAAUCAUCACAAGCUGGUGGUCAUCUUCCUCGGUAAAGUGUCAUACCGUGAGCUCGAUCCUGAUAUUCGGAUAUGGCUUAAACACAGUACGUUCCUGCACUGGGGCGAGAAAAACUUUUGGGAUAAGGUGAGAUAUGCUAUGCCUCCAGACGCGCCCCGUCACCGUAAAGUAAUGCGAGCAGAUCUGCACACGGUUGCUGUGCACAUAUGACGACAGGAUCAAUUGCCUUCGGACGGCGUCCUAGAACGAACGUUGCCGAGGCAGUAUCCCGCAUCAGAAGCAACCUCGUUCUCUUUCCAUCUCAGCUCACCUGAUUGUCGUUGGCAGACGAAUCAACCUCGACAUAGAAAUCUAUCGAGAACGGCAAAACCAACACAGCAAGAACAGGCCAUAGCCCUGCACUUUUGCGAUGAUUCCUAUAGCUACAAUCAUGAGCCCGUCGAAGCUAUAUACGAAAGCAUCAAAGACAAAAUAGAACAAGGAUAGGUAAUGUAAUGAUCUAAACAGGCUCGAUAAGUCGACGGCUCGCUCGAUUUUCAGGCGGCACAUGUUCCAUGUGCCCUCCAUGUGGAGUUAAACUGCACCAUGGGCAGUAGUCAGUCGCAAAAUCCAGCCGCCGCCAUUUUCUCAUACACAACAACUGCAACAGGGGCAGCUGGAUAGCACUGAGCACCUAUACUGAGAAGAGUAAUGCGGUAGCUGUUUUCAUGAUGUCUAUCCGCGCAAUGGCUUGGAAGCAGCAUACGCAUCGAUUGCUUGUAAAUAGUAGAGCUAACAACAUACAAGUGGAUUGUUGUCUGAAGCAUUUUUACUGCAAGAAAAAGAGCGGCAGGAGUGGGAUUUAUUUAAAAGUGUGCGCUUUGCCGGUUCUAUUGCGAUAAUCUAUUUCACAAGCUAGAUUUUCCUUUUGGUAAUGUCGAAUGUACAUAGUACGACGGAUAGCUAGACAGAAGGGCGGAUAUACGUUUUUAAGCAAUGAUUUAUAAAUCUCUCCGUGUCCUACACAGUGUAUGUACAUAUUUAUCUAUAGUAAAAACUGUGGUCUCCACAGCCUCUUCGGUUAUGUCUUUUUCGAGUAGAUAAAGUAUUAGGUGUUGUUGUAAGAAGUCAACGGUGACGAAGUUGCCUGUUGCAUGCAUUUAUCUGCAUGCACUGGUCUUUACCAUAAUAAAAAUUGAAGAUAAUUUCUUGUCUUCAUGUUUGCAGACGACAUAAAGUGGUUAGCCAUUUAAUUUGUUUCUUGUCUAUGCAAAAAUAUUUAUAUAAUUGUGUAGUUAUAUUAGUCAACAGAUUGCUAAAAUGUACUGCGAAAUACGAAAUUAGUUGGUUUUAGAAAUAGCGUUGCUUAAGACGGAAAGUUGUGCAAAUAACGAUCGCGAUCACUGCUGUGUUAUUACCUCUAUUUAUUGGAAAGUACUUAUUUAAGAGUACUUAACAACAGUAACUAAGCAAAGUGCCAUCAAUUAACCAUUUCCUACCAAUCUGAAAAAGGAACGACGCCGUAGACAUUGUACAAAGUGAAGUACAUAGGAAUGUAUAAUGAUGUAAAUAUAUACUUUUGUAUAUAUACUGCAAGAUUGUGCCAAUUUAAGAAAGACAAGGACAACGGCCGCAGGCGGUAAAAGAAGCCAGAUAUAGCAGAAAAAGCAGAAAUAUAAUUAAAAAAAUACUUUAAGAAU